AUGACAUUUGUCGAAGGCUUCAAACCUAUCGCCCUUAAAGACACGAACCUGUUCAAGCCAAUCAAAGUUGGGAAGACAGUCCUGCGCAACAGGGCUGUACUGUGCCCAUUGACCAGGCUGAGGGCUAGCCAGCCACGGCAUGUUCCCAAUUCGGAGCUCGCUACAAAAUACUACGGCCAGCGUUCUAGCGUUCCAGGUACUAUGAUCAUAACAGAAGGCACUUUCCCAUCGGCUCAGUCCAGUGGAACCGACAAUGCUCCCGGCAUCUGGUCGCAAGAGCAGGUUACAGAAUGGAAAAAGAUCUUUUCCAAAAUCCACGAAAACAAGUCUUUUGUCUGGGUCCAACUAUGGGUUUUGGGACGGCAGGCUUCUCCAAAGAGUCUCAAGAGAGACGGGCUGCGCUACGAUGCGCCAUCCGAUGAGCCUUACAUGAGCGAAGAAACAAAAAAGGAAGCUAUCGAAAGCGGUAACCCGCAGCACGGACUGACGCACGAAGAAAUCAAGCAAUAUAUCCAGGACUACGUGCAAGCUGCCAAGAAUUCGCUGGAGGCUGGCGCUGACGGAGUGGAAAUCCACAGCGCCAACGGCUACCUUUUGAAUCAGUUUCUUGACCCCAAAUCGAACAAACGGACCGACGAGUAUGGAGGGUCUAUCGAAAAGAGAGCCAGGUUCUUGCUAGAGGUUGUUGAUGCCGUUGUAGACGCUGUCGGCCACGAACAUGUCGGUGUUCGUUUAUCACCCUACGGAACCUUCGGAAACAUGUCGGGGGCCUCGGAUCCUCUAUUCCUUGCACAAUACGCUUACGUGGUAGGACAGUUGGAGGCGAGAGCCAAAUCUGGCAAGGGAAUUGCUUAUAUACAUUUGGUCGAACCUCGUGUCACCAGCCCACGGCUUGUUGAAGGUGAAGGAUGGUUCAAAGAUGGUUCAAAUGAGUUUGUGGGAAGCAUAUGGAAGGGGCCAAUAAUCAAGGCCGGUAACUACGCUCUGGACCCUAAGGCUGCCAAGGAGGAUGUGCAGUUUGAUGACAGGACGCUUAUCGGGUAUGGAAGACUCUUUAUUGCCAACCCAGACCUUGUGCUACGACUCAAAGACGGCCUUCCCCUAAACCAGUACGACAGAGACACAUUUUACACUCAAACCGCUAAAGGCUACGUAGAUUAUCCCACCUUUGAGGAAGCGCAGAAACUCUCCGCGGCGGCUUAA